GGGGUGUGAUUUAUGCACUUACUUUGCUAACCUCUCAUGUGUUUACAGCCACUGCACUGCCGCUUUCCUGUGCGCUUCAUGGAAAACACACGGAAAAGUUAAGUUCCCGAUGACGGGGCGGGCAUCCAUGAACUAUGUCUAAGAAAGUAGAUUACUGUCACUGUAUUAAAAUUAUUAUUUAUGAUCAUGGCGGCGUCGCAGCGCGCGAGAAACUCUGAAGUCAAACAGAGCGAAACAUGGAAGCGUCACAUUAUCAGACAGCUGAAGUAUCGCAACAGGACCCAGACGAGCGUCUUCCAGGAGCUCGUAGAGUCAUAUCACAGUCUGCUGGAGAAGUCCAAGCAGAGAGCCCUCAUAACCAAAGGCAUUCUGGGAUCAGGGUCAAGGCCCUCCCUAUCUGAAGAUUCGCUGACAUCUCUAAAAACAACCACCGGUGAGCUUGCAUACCAAGUGGUGGAACUGCAGCAGAGAAUCCAGUUGAAGGAAGUUACACUGGAUGAGCAACAUACCAAGCUAUAUGAGGUCCAAAACCAUCUCAGUGUUUUGACAUCAGAGCACAGCGGGCUUCAGGAACACGUGGCAGAGGUACAGACUAGAAACCGACUUCUGAAACAAGAAUAUGAUUCUCUGCUGGAGCAGCACCAGAACAUGGAGAGGACGUACCGACAAGAGAAACUCCGCAGCUCAGAGAUCCUGGACAACAUGAUCGGUCCAAAACAGCAGGCUGCUGUCCGCAUGAACCAUCGCAAUGAGAAGAGAGUGAGAGCCAGAGAGGCCAGUCUUCACAAAGAGCUUCAGAUGGCUGCCAGUAAGAAUGUGAAUAUUCAUGAAGAGUCAGGAAAUGUGUCACCUCCCAAGCCAUCAUCCCCUAAAAGUGACUCUUCACAGAGGUUGGAGAGAUCCCAUGGGCCACUUUUCAGGUCUGCUUCAGCUACAUCUCCCCGCAUCAUCAGCUCCAUCAGAGGACUUUUUGAUUUCCUUUUUGGACACCAGCGUGCAUGCACAGGGGGAAGAGACCAGUCUCUUGAGGAGAGGUGCGCUCUGCUUUUAACAGCGGCGGUGACGAGGUUCCAUUCCGGACAGCAGGUCCGGCAGCUUGUGUCUCUGGCGGCAUGGGAGUCCCUCUACGCUCCCCUCCUGAACCCACGAGGACACCAGCGUGCAUGCACAGGGGGAAGAGACCAGUCUCUUGAGGAGAGGUGCGCUCUGCUUUUAACAGCGGCGGUGACGAGGUUCCAUUCCGGACAGCAGGUCCGGCAGCUUGUGUCUCUGGCGGCAUGGGAGUCCCUCUACGCUCCCCUCCUGAACCCACGAGGACACCAGCGUGCAUGCACAGGGGGAAGAGACCAGUCUCUUGAGGAGAGGUGCGCUCUGCUUUUAACAGCGGCGGUGACGAGGUUCCAUUCCGGACAGCAGGUCCGGCAGCUUGUGUCUCUGGCGGCAUGGGAGUCCCUCUACGCUCCCCUCCUGAACCCACGAGGACACCAGCGUGCAUGCACAGGGGGAAGAGACCAGUCUCUUGAGGAGAGGUGCGCUCUGCUUUUAACAGCGGCGGUGACGAGGUUCCAUUCCGGACAGCAGGUCCGGCAGCUUGUGUCUCUGGCGGCAUGGGAGUCCCUCUACGCUCCCCUCCUGAACCCACGAGGACACCAGCGUGCAUGCACAGGGGGAAGAGACCAGUCUCUUGAGGAGAGGUGCGCUCUGCUUUUAACAGCGGCGGUGACGAGGUUCCAUUCCGGACAGCAGGUCCGGCAGCUUGUGUCUCUGGCGGCAUGGGAGUCCCUCUACGCUCCCCUCCUGAACCCACGAGGACACCAGCGUGCAUGCACAGGGGGAAGAGACCAGUCUCUUGAGGAGAGGUGCGCUCUGCUUUUAACAGCGGCGGUGACGAGGUUCCAUUCCGGACAGCAGGUCCGGCAGCUUGUGUCUCUGGCGGCAUGGGAGUCCCUCUACGCUCCCCUCCUGAACCCACGAGGACACCAGCGUGAUGCUCAUGAGCUGGGAAUCAAUGCUGUGAGGUUCAGUACCAGUUCAAACCUGCUGGCUACAGGAGGAACUGACAGAGUCAUCAAACUGUGGGGCAUUGAAGCAGGAACUCUUCAGAACAGAGGGACAUUAGAUGGAAGUAAUGAGGGGAUCACCAGCAUUGAGUUCAACCCGACGGGUACUCAGAUUUUAGCUGCGUCAUAUGACAAGUCAGCUCUAUUCUGGAGGCUGGAGGACAGCGUUCCCAAGGUUACAUUGACGGGUCAUUCUCGUAAAGUGACAGCUGCCAGAUUUAAAUACAGUCAGAGGCAGGUGGUCACGGGCAGUGCGGACAGGACCGUGAAGAUAUGGGACCUCCAGCGAGCAGCGUGCAUACAAACCAUUGAGGUUUUGUCUUUCUGUAGUGAUGUUGUGUGCUCCGAGUACCUCAUCAUCAGCAGCCAUUAUGACAGAAAAAUACGGUUUUGGGACAGCAGGGCAGGGACCUGCACACAGGAAGUGCCUCUUCAGGGCAGAGUGACAUCACUGGACCUCUGCCCCAAUCACAGGCAGCUGCUCAGCUGCUCCAGAGAUGACAUCCUGCAGCUGGUUGACCUGAGAAAGAGUAACGACAGGGUGGCCUUCAGAGCGGAGGGAUUCAAAUGUGGAAGUGACAGCACCAAGGCCAUCUUCAGUCCGGAUGGCAGUUUCCUGGCAGCUGGCUCUGCAGACGGUGCCGUCUACAUAUGGAAUGUGAGCACAGGAAACCUGGAAAAACGGCUUCCUGACAUGCACAGAGCUUCAAUAAGCGCGGUGGCCUGGUCGUUGUCAGGUGAAUAUGUGGUAAGCGUGGACAAGAGCCGUCGAGCUGUGCUCUGGAGCGAUAUCUGAGACCACACACGGGCUGCCUUUUUCCAUCUUAUCAACUGAAGUCACUCCUGGAAAUGCACUCAGGGAUGUCAUCAAAACACAACCUUGUUGGGAAAAGCUCACACUCUGCACUCCGUCAGUACCCUUAGUAUUGUGACAGUAUUUGUUGCUAAGAGGCUGUGUCAUCCAAAACGCAGACAGAUGUGCUAAUGUUACAGGGGUCUGGCGACUGUUGAGCAGAGCUGUCUGGGUUUUAUUUUGAAAUGUUGUUACAGAUGAAUUACCGAUGCAGAAUGUGCCAAAGCGUUUGUAGGCUUGAACAAACAAACAAAGGUUUGUAGAGAUCUCUUGACGUACACCAGAUAUCACUGCCUCUGGGAUUUGAUAUCAAAGGGAAACAUGAACAAAAUUGAUUCAGCCUGUUUUAGGAAUACAACAACACAUUUCUGAAUACGUGGAAACUCGAGCCCAAUGUAUUCGCAUGUCAGUCCUAUUUUUAGAGACCAAAACACAGAACAGACACAAAAUUGAAUGCCUGGUAAAAGGCCAUUGUAUAUUGUCGCACAAUGACACUGAUUCUUGAAUGCAAUAUACAAUGAGAUAUAAAUAUUAUAAAUGGGAAAAAAAGCACUAUUGUUCA